AGGCCUGUGGCAUGGACCACCUCCCAUACGGUACCUGCACAGACACACAGCCUUUCUAACACAGAGAUGACUUUUCCCAAUAUUGGUCCUGCACAGCCAGUCCCCACUAAGGGAAAGGAAUACCUGGGGGCGCACCUUCCAGAACAUUAGGAAAGGAGGAGCCCAAUUACAGGUACCUCAUGACCACCUUUACCUCCAACCCAAGGCCUGAAAGCCAGCCUGUCCUGCUUUUCUCCGCAGACCCUCCUAGGCCAGUCCCUUCCCAGAAGCGCUCCCAUUCCCAUCUUUCACAGUCAGAACUUGUCUCAUCCCCUGGCUCUGGGCCUGGAGCAACCAGGGCCCAAAGGACUGAUGAGCCCUCCUCCCUGAGGCAACGCCCAGGGAGCAGCACCAUAGCAACCGGGCAGCAAACAAUGCUGCCAGUAAGGUCUUCCCUAUAAAGCUGCCCCUCCUGGCAAUUAGGCCCAGAAGAAGAAUGGCUAGUAACCCAGGAAGAUCACUCAGAGGGCAAAGUAAACCAUCCGAUGCCAGGAAACCUUUCCUGCAGAUGUUCCUGGCCGAGUCCCUCCCAGACUACCGCACAUGGGCUCAGCGUGAGUUUCUCCUCACUGAUAAGCCCGGGGAAUUGCCUGGCUUCACCCGGCAAACCUACCACCAGCUAGCCCUGAAGCUGCCACCCUGCACAGACAUCAAGUCCAAGGUGCGCCACCGAAUAAUCCACCCUUGGAAGGAUAAAAUCGAGCACACCUGGGGCUUUCACGCGUGGCUUGACGUGGGGCGCUUGCCCGCCACCUUUCCCAGCAGGCCUGACAGACCCUAUGAUAGCAAUGUCUGGCGCUGGCUGACGGACUCCAGGGCCCACCGCUAUCCCCCAGCAGAGCCCGCCAUCCCCCCACCCUCCUGGAUGGGUCAAAACAGCUAUCUGACCUUUAUCAGCUGUACUCCUAUCUUCUUGAAUGAGGACCUGAAGAAACAGGUGAUUUUCAGGACAGUGAAAGAACUAAAAGAAGUGGAGAAACUCAAGCUGAGGAGUGAAGGAAGGGCACCUCCACUCGACACCAAUGGCAACAUCCUGCCGCCAAAGAACUUCAGGAAGUAA